CACCCUUUACAUAGAUACAGGACUACUGACAAAGAGAAUUAGACUCUGGUUCGUUUUAAACAUUAGUAACCUAAGAGUUUACUCAUUUUGAGGCUUCAGCACUUUUUGAGAGAGCACCAAGAGAGCUUUUUGAAGGAGGGAAAUUCCCCUGAGAAACCAAAGAGACCUCCAUUGACUUUUCAAUACCCUCUUCUUGACCACACCGACAUCCAGCAGAGAUGUACAGUGGCAACAGCUACUCACAGGCCAAGUUUGGUCUGGAGGCCAAGGACAUCCACAAGGCAAAGGGAAAGAGCUGCGGCUAUUACAUGAGGGUGGUCUUCUUCUUCUCCUCUCUGAUCCAGUCCCUCAUCAUCGUGAGCCUGGUGCUGUUCCUGGUCUACGGCCAGCCAGAGAAGUCUGCUGAAGAGAGGAGGGUAGAGGAGCUGGAGCAGAGUUUGAACAGGAUCAGCGAGAACAACAUUAACCUGAGGAAGGAUAAAGCUGACCUGGGAGCUGCGCUGGGGGCCAGGAAGGCUGAGAAGACAGCCCUGGAGGGAGAGGUGGCCAUGAUAAAGAAAGCAGCGAAUGCCUCCGUGGAGCAGAUCAGAGCCCUCCUACUGAAAGCGAGCCAGUGUGAAACAGAAAAGAAGAAACUAGAGAUGAGCCGUGCUACCCAAGUCCGGGGACCCACCACCCCUUUCAUCUUCGCCACUCCUAACACUGAGGUAAAAACCCUCCAGUCUCUGAACUCCCAGCAGGCAGCAAUGAUCAAACUGAUCGAAGCCAACUUCACCCAGACCAACCAGUACAUCCGCAUCGAGAGGGACAAUGCCAUCAAGGACCGUGACGCCCACAACCUUGAGACCAUCUCUUUGCGGAGGGAGAACAACAACCUGAAGGAACACCUGAAACUCUACACCCAGAAGUGUAAAGAGGACUUUGCUAAGUCUCUGGAGGGGAUCCAAAUGGUGACCAGUAACUUCCUGGUGCGCAUCGACAACCUGUUCCCCCACUCCAUGACCUUUCACCUGACCUGUGAGAAGCAGACAGAGCAGAUGGAGAACAUCAGGGCCAGAUGCUCCAACCUGUCUAAGGAGGUUGAGGACAAGUUCCAGAGAUACCUGGACAACGUGGGGAACAAGGUGGCAAACAUCCAGGUCCAGUCCAGUCGCCUGGAGGUCCAGAACAGCCAUCUGACCCUUGACCUCCAGCAGUGUGUCCAAAACCGCAGCGUGACGGCGGCGGAGAGCAGCAGGCUACUGUUAGAGAUCCGGGAGAACCACGACAGGCAGGUAGAGACCCUGCUGAAGGAACAGAACCGGCUGAGGGAGGAGAAGAGCCUGCAGGGAGAGAGACUGAUUCUGAGGGAGGCUGAGGUCAAAACACUCAACGGGAAUGUCGAGUCACUCACCACCGCUCUAACCAACUGUAACCCUAAGCUCACCGGCCAAAAGCCUCUCGGACUGAUGUCAGCCUUGAAGGGGGGGCCAUCCAUUGCAGCACCAGUGAUCAGUAAACCCCACAUGGCAAGGUGAGGAGAGACGGGUGUGAGGAAGAUGCCCCACUCACACAGCUCUACCUAGGCCAUGACCGAGUGAGAAAAUGAAGGCACUUACUGUUAUGGUCCCUGGAGAAUUGGGUGUGAUGCCUUUCAGUGAUCAAUGUGUGCUCUUAGACCUUAAAAUGUCCAUGUGUAAAUACUACAGACACUAUAGGUUGUAUCUACUGUCCUACAUCAUGUACACUGAACAAAAAUAUAAUUGCAACAUGUGAAGGUGUUGUUGCCAUUUUUCAUGAGCUGAAAUAAAAGAUCUCAGAAAUGUUCCAUACGUACAAACAAAAACACAUUUCUCUCAAAUUGUGCACAAAUUUGUUUACAUCCCUGUUAGUGAGCAUUUCUCCUUUGCCAAGAUAAUCCAUCCACCUGACAGGUGUGGCAUAUCAAGAAGCUGAUUAAACAACACGAGUAUUACACAGGUGCACCUUGUUCUGCGGACAAUAAAAGGCCACUCUAAAAUGUGCAGUUUUGUCACACAGCACAAUCCCAAGUUUUGAAGGAGUGUGCAAUUUGCAUGCUGACUGCAGGAAUGUCGACUGGAGCUGUUGCCAGAGAAUUGAAUGGUAAUUUGUCUACCAUUAGACCACUUCCAACGUCAUUUGUUAGAAUUUGGCAGUACAUCCAAUCGGCCUCACAACCGCAGACUACGUGUAACCACGCCAGCCCAGGACAUUCACAUCCGGCUUCUUCAAGGGACCGUCUGAGGGGGGGUGCUGAGGAGUAUUUCUGUCUGUAAAAAUCCCUUUUGUGGGGAAAAACUCAUUCUGAUUGGCUAGGCCUGGCUCCCCAGUGAGUGAACCUGUCUCCCAAAUGGGUGGGCCUAUGCCCUCCCAGGCCCACCUAUGGCUGUGCCCUUGCCCAGUCGUGAAAUCCAUCGAUUAGGGCCUAAUGAAUAUUCCUUCUAUGAAGUGUAACUCAGUAAAAUCGUAGAGAUUGUUGCAUGUUGCGGUUAUAUUUUUGUUCCGUCUAAAAACUGUAUCUACAAAUGUACAAUGAGUGGACAAAACAUUAUGAACACCUGCUCUUUCCAUGACAUAGAAAGCUAUGAUUCCUUAUUGAUGUCACUUGUUAAAUCCACUUCAAUCACUGUAGAUGAAGGGGAGGAGACAGGUUACCUUCAACCCAAUAUCAGGACAGUCUCCUUAAUGUUUUGUACACUCAGUGUAUACAGUACAUAUCGCUUUUAAACGUAAUUCAUUUAAUAAUUAAUUGAAUAGGGUUGUUUUUAUCCUUGUAAUUCCACUUGUAUUUGAUUGCUGAGUUUAGGCUGGGAAUUCACUGUGUACUGGAAUUCACUGUGUACUGGGAUUCACUGUGUACUGGGAUUCACUGUCUACUGGAAUUCACUGUGUACUGGGAUUCACUGUGUACUGGAAUUCACUGUGUACUAGGAUUCACUGUGUACUGGGAUUCACUGUCUACUGGAAUUCACUGUGUACUGGGAUUCACUGUGUACUGGAAUUCACUGUGUACUGGGAUUCACUGUGUACUGGAAUUCACUGUCUACUGGGAUUCACUGUGUACUGGGAUUCACUGUGUACUGGGAUUCACUGUGUACUGGAAUUCACUGUGUACUGGGAUUCACUGUGUACUGGGAUUCACUGUGUACUGGGAUUCACUGUGUACUGGGAUUCACUGUGUACUGGGAUUCACUGUGUACUGGGAUUCACUGUGUACUGGGAUUCACUGUGUACUGGAAUUCACUGUCUACUGGGAUUCACUGUGUACUGGGAUUCACUGUGUACUGGGAUUCACUGUGUACUGGGAUUCACUGUGUACUGGGAUUCACUGUGUACUGGGAUUCACUGUGUACUGGGAAAAGCGUGUACUGGGAUUCACUGUGUACUGGGAAAAGCGUGUGUACUGGGAAAAGCGUGUGUACUGGGAUUCACUGUGUACUGGGAUUCACUGUGUACUGGGAAAAGCGUGUACUGGGAUUCACUGUGUACUGGGAUUCACUGUGUACUGGGAUUCACUGUGUACUGGGAAAAGCGUGUGUACUGGGAUUCACUGUGUACUGGGAUUCACUGUGUACUGGGAAAAGCGUGUGUACUGGGAUUCACUGUGUACUGGGAUUCACUGUGUACUGGGAAAAGCGUGUGUACUGGGAUUCACUGUGUACUGGGAUUCACUGUGUACUGGGAUUCACUGUGUACUGGGAUUCACUGUGUACUGGGAAAAGCGUGUGUACUGGGAUUCACUGUGUACUGGGAUUCACUGUGUACUGGGAAAAGCGUGUGUACUGGGAUUCACUGUGUACUGGGAUUCACUGUGUACUGGGAUUCACUGUGUACUGGGAAAAGCGUGUGUACUGGGAUUCACUGUGUACUGGGAAAAGCGUGUGUACUGGGAUUCACUGUGUACUGGGAAAAGCGUGUGUACUGGGAUUCACUGUGUACUGGGAUUCACUGUGUACUGGGAUUCACUGUGUACUGGGAAAAGCGUGUGUACUGGGAUUCACUGUGUACUGGGAUUCACUGUGUACUGGGAAAAGCGUGUGUACUGGGAUUCACUGUGUACUGGGAUUCACUGUGUACUGGGAUUCACUGUGUACUGGGAAAAGCGUGUGUACUGGGAUUCACUGUGUACUGGGAAAAGCGUGUGUACUGGGAUUCACUGUGUACUGGGAAAAGCGUGUGUACUGGGAUUCACUGUGUACUGGGAUUCACUGUGUACUGGGAUUCACUGUGUACUGGGAAAAGCGUGUGUACUGGGAUUCACUGUGUACUGGGAUUCACUGUGUACUGGGAAAAGCGUGUGUACUGGGAUUCACUGUGUACUGGGAUUCACUGUGUACUGGGAAAAGCGUGUGUACUGGGAUUCACUGUGUACUGGGAUUCACUGUGUACUGGGAAAAGCGUGUGUACUGGGAUUCACUGUGUACUGGGAUUCACUGUGUACUGGGAUUCACUGUGUACUGGAAUUCACUGUCUACUGGGAUUCACUGUGUACUGGGAUUCACUGUGUACUGGGAAAAGCGUGUACUGGGAUUCACUGUGUACUGGGAAAAGCGUGUGUGUCCUCCUUUAACUUUAUACUCAGGUUAAAGAAAGAUGUGUACCAAUAAAGUUCAUGUGAUUAUUAUGUAAAUAA